GCGGGCGCCGGACCCCCAGGAGGAGCGACAGGUCUCGGGCCCUCAAGCGGAGCGGCGGGCGCCGGACCCCCAGGCGGAGCGACAGGUCUCGGACCCUCAGGCGGAGUGGCGGGCACCGGACCCCCAGGCGGAACACAGGUCUCAAGCCCCCAGGCGGGGCGGCGGGCACCGAGUCACCAGGCACAACCCGGGCACCGCGUCAUCUGGCAAGGCAGUGGGCUCCGAGUCAACUGGUAUGACCGCGGGCACUGGGUCAGACAUUGGAUCGUCUGGCUGGACAGCGGGCACUGGGUCACCAGGCAUCAGGUCAUUUGGCUCGACAGCGGGCACCGCGUCAUCUGGCAAGGCAGUGGGCUCCGAGUCAACAGGCACGACAGUGAGCACCGGGUCAUCAGGUACGGAUUGUCUGGCUCGACAGCGGGCACUGGGUCACCACAGCAUCAGGUCAUUUGGCUCGACAGCGGGCACCGGAUC